GCCCGCCCUCCCUGCCGGGGCUCACCUGUGUCAGCCCCGAGCCCUCGAGCAGGACGGAUCGGCCGCUGCCUGCUUAAAGCUGGGGCCGCGCAGGAGUGCGAUCGCCUGCGGAUCUGCAGCUGGGCACCGGCCGCAGCGCCCGCCCCGCCGACGGCAGGGCUGGGAAUGGGGGGGAACAAGCAUUUCGCAGGGUGACCCGGGGAGAUCUGUGAGCCAGUGGCCUCAGCGUUGAAUGAGGGCUCUGUCCUGGGUCCGCGCUCGCAAGGACUGAAGGGACUCGUGAAUGUCCGCGGGACGUGUCGCCGCGGCGCCCAGCACGGCGGAGGCAGGCAGGGAGAGAAUAAAGGCUCAGGGACCCGCAGUUCUGCUCUGGAGCCCACCAGCCUCUCAGAGCCUCCGGUGACUGGCCUGUGUCUCCCCCAGGAUGGACAUGUGGACGGCGCUGCUCAUCCUGCAAGCCUUGUUGCUACCCUCCUUGGCUGAUGGUGCCACCCCUGCCCUGCGCUUUGUAGCCGUGGGUGACUGGGGAGGGGUCCCCAAUGCCCCAUUCCACACGGCCCGGGAAAUGGCCAACGCCAAGGAGAUCGCUCGGACUGUGCAGAUCCUGGGUGCAGACUUCAUCCUGUCUCUAGGGGACAAUUUUUACUUCACUGGUGUGCAAGACGUCAAUGACAAGAGGUUCCAGGAGACCUUUGAGGACGUAUUCUCUGACCGUUCCCUUCGCAAAGUGCCCUGGUACGUGCUGGCCGGAAACCAUGACCACCUUGGCAACGUCUCUGCCCAGAUUGCAUACUCUAAGAUCUCCAAGCGCUGGAACUUCCCCAGCCCUUUCUACCGCCUGCACUUCAAGAUCCCACGGACCAAUGUGUCUGUGGCCAUUUUUAUGCUGGACACAGUGACGCUAUGUGGCAACUCCGAUGACUUCCUCAGCCAGCAGCCUGAGAGGCCCCGAGACGUGAAGCUGGCCCGCACACAGCUGUCCUGGCUCAAGAAACAGCUGGCGGCGGCCAGGGAGGACUACGUGCUGGUGGCUGGCCACUACCCCGUGUGGUCCAUAGCUGAGCAUGGGCCUACCCACUGCCUGGUCAAGCAGCUACGGCCACUGCUGGCCACAUACGGGGUCACCGCCUACCUGUGCGGCCACGAUCACAAUCUGCAGUACCUGCAAGAUGAGAACGGCGUGGGCUAUGUGCUGAGUGGGGCUGGGAAUUUCAUGGACCCCUCGAAGCGGCACCAGCGCAAGGUCCCCAACGGCUAUCUGCGCUUCCACUAUGGGACUGAAGACUCACUGGGUGGCUUUGCCUAUGUGGAGAUCAGCUCCAAAGAGAUGACUGUCACUUACAUCGAGGCCUCGGGCAAGUCCCUCUUUAAGACCAGCCUGCCGAGGCGAGCCAGGCCCUGAACUCCCAUGACUGCCCAGCUCUGAGGCCCGAUCUCCACUGUUGGGUGGGUGGGCCCUGCCGGGACCGUGCUCACAGGCAGGCUUUUCCUCCGACCUGUGGCGCUGCAGCAGGGCAGGAAGGGGAAACACAGCUGAUGAACUGUGGUGCCACGUGACCCUUGUGGCACAGAUGCCCACGUAUGUGAAACAGACAUGGACAUGUGUCCCAGCCACAGUGUUACGCUCUGUGGCUGGCUCACCUUUGCUGAGUUCCGGGGUGCAAUGGAGGAGGGAGGGAAAGCUUCCUCCUAAAUCAAGCAUCUUUCUGUCACUGAUGUUCAAUAAAAGAAUAGUUGCCAAGGCUGAA